AUGGUAACCUACGCCGACGAAUUUCUCCAGCACAGGCACCGGCGUGGUCGGGUAAACCAGGUAGCACUUUGUUGGUGGAUGUUUCGGGAUGGGUGGGAGGUGUACGAGCAAACGCAACAGAGCAGGCCGAGUAGGGUCAUGUCCUCGGGGUGGGCGGGUGGUAGGNUGACGGGUAAGUCCAUAGAGCUGGCGAAGAUUCUCCAGAAUAAGAAGGUCAAUAUAGCUUAUGUUCAGGAGACCAGUGCGUACGCGCCGCAAUCGGGCUUGGACGAGGAGGUUAAGAGGCAUUUCUGGGAGGGGUUGGAUGAGGUGGUGCAGGGUAUUCCGGCAACAGAGAAGUUAUUUAUAAGAGGGGAUUUCAAUGGUCAUAUUGGGUCGUCUACUGGAGGUUAUGGUGAGGUGCACAGUGGCUUUGGCUUUAGGGAUAGGAACGGAGGAGGUACUUCUCUCUUGGAUUUUGCUAGGGCUUUUGAGUUGGUGAUCGCGAACUCUACUUUUCCGAAGAGGGAGGAGUAUUUGGUUACUUUUCGAAGUAUGAUGGCUAAGACCCAGAUUGAUUAUAUCCUCCUCAGGAGGUGUGAUAGGGGGUUGUGCGAGGAUUGUAAGGUGAUCCCGAGUGAGAACCUCGCGACUCAACAUAGGCUCCUGGUGAUGGACGUCUGUAUCGUGAUAAAGAGGAAGAAGAGGUUUGUACGGGGUCAACCGAGGAUCAGGUGGGGUGCUUUGGCUAAGGAUAAUACGCAUGAGUUGGAGGGGAAGCUGAUGGCUAUGGGUGCCUAG